AUGCAUGUCGCCAGUCCACCUCCUUUCUCGUCUUCCAUCGAAUCGGUCGAGGAGCCUCCCAUAGACAUUCCCAUCUGGGGGUCCUCAUUCGCCGCCAAAUUCGAGCACCUCAUCGCGGAAUUUGGUUCGACCGUUGAGGAUUGGGAGAGUGGUGAGUUCGACUGAAACAUAACACCUUAUUCAAUGCGUUAUGAUCGCUAGCUGAUCGGAUCCUCUAUUUUCGCAGCAUGCGCGGUCGCACCGGACUUGAAGCAGAGGACCCUCGAUCAACUUGCCGACAAAGGGCGCCGCGUCAUACAGUCUUUUUGUAAUAGGUGCUCGUCCCUCGGCCAUGAUCAAGUAGUGAGUGUGAACUACAUUUCCUCAUAAUGUAGUUCUCCGAUCACACCUCACCUUAUCUGCUGUUGCCGUUUCGAUAGCAACAGGAGCCACAGGAGCCACAGGAGCUCGCAGAAACCGUCGUACCAAAGACCCCUAACGCACAGACCCCUCCGGCCGACUCGGAACCGAGUUCGUACGACCAUCCCCACGUCGCCCUCGAGCUCGAUGAGACUCCAUCUCAGGCGUCAGCACCAAGUUUACUGUCUAGUCCUCAAUCGUUUCUGGAUGAUAUUCUCGUGGACGAUGUGAGAACUGCGAUCGUGCCAAGCUCGCAGGAUGAGGCCACCCCUGUAGCCUUCACCUCGCUCACCGCCGCGCUUCGUUCGCUGUCGCCAAGCUUGACUAUCCCUUCGAUCCCGCAACACGCCCCCUUGACUCUGUCCACCCCCCAAUCAGUACAUUCCUUCUCGACGAUCACCACUGUACCCAGUACCAAUGCCGAGACAGUCUACGUGCUCCUGAUGAUGAAGCCAUCCCCCAAGUUUCCUUCGCGGAAGGACGGCCGUGAGCAGCUGUGCCCGCUCGUACUCGUCUCGAACAUUCCGGCACAUUCCCAAGAGGGUACCGCUCGUGAUUUACUCGUCUUGGCCCAUGAACCGAUCUCAAAGGAAGACGAGCUACCGACGGAGCUGUUGACGGUCGUCAAAGACUCGCCGACGAUGAUCACUUUGGCCCCCGACGGGACUGUCGUCGACAACGAUGCUGCGGACACGAUCGUGUUUGGGUUCCCACCCGGUUCAAUCGUCAUGACUCGACCGAUUGAAGAAGAGAAAGGGAUCGUUGGCAAAUCGAGAGAGGCGGCGGCAGGAACGCUGGAUUCACGCUUGGCGUCUACCUUAGAAGGAAAGGGGUUCAUCGAGCAGACGCCGUUUCUCCCCACGAUCAGGAAGCUGGAGGUCGGUAGCACCCCCUGGUGGAGGUCACAAAUCUGUCGUGGUGAUGUAGGUCCUGUUCAGGCUUCUCCGAUUUAUGCGGUGUGCAAUAAACUGACACUCUCCUGUUACCCUCGGCAGCACGGCCGGAGCAGCUCGACGCCCGGUUACUGGCAGGGAAACGCACGCAACGUCCGACGCAACCGAAUUCUUCGUCACUUUGCAACAUGCAAGCAAGGGAUCGUCGCUCCUGAAUUGACGGCGUUCGCCAUUGCCUGUCUCAAAGCCGCCGGGCCUGCGAAAAAAGCGACGGUCCAUCGUACCUGUCCGACUUUCCAGUUCAGCUUGCCACCGUUUAGGAUCACCGAGACCGACGAUUGGAAUCCGCUCGGCGAUCAGCAGCACGUGCUCUCGGUUUGA